AUGAUAGGAUCAAUGGAAGAAAUCCGCUCGGAAGAAGCAUGGAUAUUAUACGUGGAUGGAUCCUCUAGCCGGACCUGUUCAGGUGCAGGGCUAUUAAUUAUGUCUCCUAACGGUGCUAGGCUCGAACAUGCGGUACGAUUCAACUUCAUGGCCACCAACAAUGAAGCCGAAUACGAAGCUCUGCUGUUAGGAUUAGGAAUAUGCCUCGCAUCCGGUUCGAAAAAAGUUAUCGCACACACCUAUUCGCAGUUGAUCGUCGGACAUGUGAAUGGCGAUUAUGAAGCAAAAGAUGAUAGCAUGAAGAUGUACCUCGUCAAGGCCGAUGCCCUAUCAAGAUUGGCAAGUUCGGCCAUAAGUGACGAGCCACAGAAUAUAAUUUGGGAAGUACUACCAAGCCCUAGCAUCAACGCCUUCAUCGAGGGAGUGAAUCAGACUGAUUCUUGGAUGGAUCCUUACAUAGUGUUUCUGAGAGACGGACAGCUACAAGAGGACCCUGAGCUAGGGCCGAUCAUCAUGAAAAAGGCGAAAUGGUUCGAGUGGUAUGAUGGAGCGCUGUAUAAGAUGUCUUACACUCACCCCCUCCUCAAGUGCGUAACCCCGACCGAGGGGAAUUACAUUCUACGCGAGAUACAUGAAGGAGCGUGUGAGACACAUCAAGGGAUACGGACCCUGAUCGUGAAGACUCUGAGGAAUGGGUACUAUUGGCCCAGUCUCAAGGCCGACGCUGAAAAGUUAGUCAAGACUUGUGAAAAGUGCCAUUUUUUUGGAGAAGUGCCUCGCCGACCCACCAAUUAUCCACCAAUUAUCUUUCCUCGAUGUAAGCCGUUCUCCCCUUCGACUGGUGGGGAAUUGACCUUCUCGGUCCUUUCCCACCGGCCAGCGGACAGCGAAGAUAUGUCCUGGUAUGCCAGUUCAUAUGGAGGAAUAUCAUCACUAGGUAUGGCGUCCCACAAGUUCACGUCGGUCUCCCGCCCCCAGACGAAUGGGCAAGUAGAGUUCGAAAAUAAAAUAAUACUCAAUGGCAUUAAGAAAAAGCUAGAAGGGAGCCGUGAUAAUUGGGUAGAAGAGCUACCCGGAGUGCUCUGGGCCAGUCGAACAACUAUCAAAGAAGCCACUAGUCAUACACCUUUCUCUCUGGAUAAGCCGAUCAACCUCGACCUACUCCCGGAAACAAGAGGGAACGCCCUCCUCAGAGCCAUCGCACAAAAACAAAGAAUGACGAGGCAAUUUAACAGAAGAGUAAAACCAAGGGAGUUUCUAGCCGGUGACUUCGUGCUCAGAAAAAUCGAGGCCACGGGGAAGAUUAUGGAAAAGGGAAAACUCGGAAGGACAUGGGACGGACCUUUCAAGAUCGCCCGAGUACUUAGGUGGGGAACUUACGAGUUAGAAGACAACGGCAAACCCCUGCCCAGGUCAUGGAAUACGGAUCACUUGAAGAAAUUCUAUGUUUAA